CUGGGAGUGGCAUAAAGCUCUGUCCGCACCUCUUUGGGAGGAAUGAAUGACAAGUUAGGGGAUUUUUCUCAGGAAGACCCACCUUCUCUACUCCUCUUUAUGGCUGACUUGAUUUUCCCUCUUUCGUGGUCAACCCUAAACAGAGCAGACCGCAUUGGGUCCUGUUGUCAGGAAGCAAGAGCUGGAGGCCGAUUGCCUGGGGCUGGGGGGCACAGUGUGGCGUGGCUGCCCCAAUGAGAUCUCUAUGCCCAGGAGGCAGGCCUAGCAGGGAGGGCCGUGGGGACAUCUCUGCUGAGAAUGGAGCCAUUUGGGGAGCAGAGAAAGGCUGCCCGGAAAGUGGUGGGGCCUUCCAGCAGCUCCCGGUCACUGGUGUCAAUACAGGCUGGUGCCGUUCGGUGCCCCCGUGAGGUGGGGACCUGGGAGCAGGCCCCACUGUCCCAUGACAGUUGGGCAGUACACGUGGGAACAUUCCACGGAGAGACUCCAGGGAGAGGUUUGCAAGCCAAAGUUCCUCCAGGGGUGCCCUCUUUAAGUGGUUUCAAUGACAGGUUAAAACUCAACCCAACAAACCGCAGCCUCCCCACCCUCCCCACCCCCUUGUCCUCGUUCUUGGGGGCCAGGAUUAUGAUGCAACGUGGCUUGUGGCCAGCAGCUCGGGAUAGGAAGUGCUGCUCCUAACAGAGGGGAGUUGACCAGCCCAGCUUUGGGAAGUGGAGAGAGAAGAGCAAACACACAGGCUAGGCAGAGGGUCUCCAGAGGCACCUUGAUAACAGGGCCUGGGGAACUGGGAAUUCAAUUGGUCUGAUUUUUUUUUUUCUUUUUUCCAUACCGGCAGGCAAGGGCAAUGGCAAAGAUAGUCCAAAACAGAGAAAAAUGGACAUCUGUUUGGCUCUGGAGUGUGCUGAGGUUUAAAAGUGAUAUUUACCUUAUUAGUUAUGUCAGCCUUAGGCUAAUAUUAACAUGCAUUUCCUGAUUGGCAGCGGGGGUGGCACGGCCACUCCGUUGUCAGCCUGGGAGUGAACAGGAUUCAGAGAACUCAGAGCAAAUCCCAGAGGCCUGGUUCCCAGGAUUUCACAGUCUGGGUUUGACUGUUAUUGUCCUUCAGGAUCUGAGGGAUGAGCUAUGUCCCCACCGAGGCUCCCCGCGCCCACAGGCGUGUAGUGUGGCCUGAGAAGCCGGACCUGCACGGAAGGCUGGCAGAAAUGGGCUCCUGGAAGAGGCCGGGGCACUCAGUGGCAGCAAGGAGGAGAGGCCUGGGCGUCCGGAGCAGGGCCGAGCCACGGCAGCCAGGGAGCGCGUGAAGCCCGCCAUGGUCCAGAGGCUGUGGGCCGGCCGCCUGCUGCGGCACCGGAAGGCCCAGCUCCUGCUGGUCAACCUGCUGACCUUCGGCCUGGAAGUGUGCCUGGCCGCUGGCAUCACCUACGUGCCACCCUUGCUGCUGGAGGUGGGGGUCGAGGAGAAGUUCAUGACCAUGGUGCUCGGCAUUGGUCCAGUGCUGGGCCUCAUCUCGGUCCCACUCCUAGGCUCGGCCAGUGACCACUGGCGUGGACGCUACGGUCGCCGGAGGCCCUUCAUAUGGGCCCUGUCCCUGGGCGUCCUCCUGAGCCUCUUCCUCAUCCCGAGGGCCGGCUGGCUGGCGGGGCUGCUGUGCCCGGACGCCAGGCCCCUGGAGCUGGCCCUGCUGAUCCUGGGCGUGGGGCUGCUGGACUUCUGCGGCCAGGUGUGCUUCACCCCGCUGGAGGCCCUGCUCUCCGACCUCUUCCGAGACCCAGACCACUGUCGCCAGGCCUUCUCCGUCUACGCCUUCAUGAUCAGCCUUGGGGGCUGCCUGGGCUACCUCCUGCCCGCGAUCGACUGGGACGCCAGCGCCCUGGCCCCCUACCUAGGCACCCAGGAGGAGUGCCUCUUUGGCCUGCUCACUGUCAUCUUCCUCACCUGCGUGGCGGCCACGCUGUUUGUGGCCGAGGAGGCCGCGCUGGGUCCGGCUGAGCCGGCGGAAGGGCUGGCUGUCCCCUCGGGGCCGCACUGCUGCCCGUGCCACACCCGCCUGGCCUUCCGGAGCCUGGGUGCCCUGUUUCCCCGGCUGCACCAGCUCUGCUGCCGUGUGCCUCGCACCCUGCGCAGACUCUUUGUGGCCGAGCUGUGCAGCUGGAUGGCUUUCAUGACCUUCACGCUGUUCUACACGGACUUUGUGGGCGAGGGGCUGUACCAGGGCGUGCCCCGGGCUGAGCCGGGCACCGAGGCCCGGAGACACUAUGAUGAAGGGGUCCGGAUGGGCAGCCUGGGGCUGUUUCUGCAGUGCGCCGUCUCCCUGCUCUUCUCUCUGGUCAUGGACCGGCUGGUGCAGCGAUUCGGCACCCGGGCCGUCUAUCUGGCCAGUGUGGUGGCCUUCCCCGUAGCUGCCGGCACCAUGUGCCUGUCCCGCAGCGUGGCCGUGGUGACCGCGUCGGCUGCCCUCACCGGCUUCACCUUCUCCGCCCUGCAGAUCCUGCCCUACACGCUGGCCUCCCUCUACCACCGGGAGAAGCAGGUUUUCCUGCCCAAAUACCGAGGAGAUGCCAGAAGCAGUGUCAGUGAGGACAGCCUGAUGCCCAGCUUUCCACCUGGCCCCAAGCCCGGAUCGCCCUUCCCCAAUGGACACGUGGGUGCUGGAGGCGGCGGCCUCCUCCCUUCUUCACCUGUGCUCUGUGGGGCCACUGCCUGCGACAUCUCCACGCGGGUGGUGGUGGGCGAGCUGCCUGAGACCAGAGUCGUCCCGGGCCGGGGCAUCUGCCUGGACCUUGCCAUCCUGGACAGUGCCUUCCUGCUGUCGCAGGUGGCCCCGUCCCUGUUUAUGGGCUCCAUUGUUCAGCUCAGCCAGUCUGUCACUGCCUACAUGGUGUCAGCUGCGGGCCUUGGUUUUGUGGCCAUUUAUUUUGCUACACAGGUGGUAUUUGACAAGAGCGAUUUGACCAAAUACUCGGUGUAGAGUCCCUGUGACCCACUGAGGGUCACCACUGAGGACCCUGCCUCCCUGGGUCCCAACCCCUCCCCCACUCCCCACAGUGGAUCCAGGUGGCCCCCUGGGGGGGCCUUCCAGUUUAUCCCUGCCAAAGUGGUGUGGCUCUCUGCUGCCACCCCGUGGCGGUAAGGUGCAGAGCUGCACAGGUAGGGGACUGGGGCUUCUCUUUCUCUCUCUCUCUCUCUCUCUCUCUCUCUCUCCAGUCUUCCGGGCUGGCUGACAGUUGGUCCAAACGGGCUUCAGUCUGGAUUUCUUCAGGGAGGCCAGAAGGGUAGGGCAUUUCCUUAGCUCCGUGCACUGGAAUGCGGGACUCUGCAGGGAGAUGACCCAGGCAGGGUUAACUGCUAGUGUCCUGGUCAAGACAUACCCAGAGAAGGGAUUUGGAGAGCUCAGUAACCUCGACCACCUGGUCUCUCAUCUCCAAGCUCUCUUAUCCCAUAGAUUCCUUUGAUGUUGUCUUGCAUGGAAGUUUCUAGUAUGAAACUCCUCUGCAGGAUUUGAGACUAUGAAAGUUAUUUGUGGGGAGAGAGGAAGCCGCCUGGCCACAUGGCACUGCCUUCUCCCAUCCCCCAACAACUACAUUUGAUCAGGACAUGGCUUGUUGGCCCCUAUGGUGCCAUCAUAGGGACACAGGCCUUUAAAUAUUUAACUUAUUUAUUUAACUAAGUAGAGGGGAAUCAAUUCCCAGCUCUGCCAUCUCGGUGUCUCAGAGGUGAGAUCCCCAGUGGGCCCCGGGAGGCAGCUGGUUUAUCGGGCUGAGCAUUGCCAGAAUCAUCUUCCCUUGGGUGAUCAGUCUGGCCCUAAAACUGCCUAACCCAGGAGCUUGGAAGCUCUGCUUACCCAGCUGAUAUCCCAAAUCAUGUUACCCAAGACUGGGGGAGUUGGGGGUGAGUGGAAGGUGGGGCUCCGGGUCUCAGCAGCCCCCCUAGCCUCCCCUCCUCUCUUGGCCCAGCCCACCCCCCACCCCCACUCCCCUCUGCUCUCUCCAGGGCUGGACUGAUGAAGGAGCUGCUCACCCCUCCACCCCCUUCCCCCACUGACUCCAUAACCCUCUCCCUGGGGCUGUUCCAGGACCGGAAGCACAGAGUGUGGCUCCUCAAGCUUUUAUCCGUCUCAGCCCCCAGGGCAUAUCCGUGCUUGGGGAAUCUCGCACGGAAACUCAGGAGUACCCCCUGCCUGGGCUAAGGAGGUCUUAUCUCUGGGGGGUUUAAGUGCCGUUUGCAAUAAUGUUAUGUCUUAUUUAUUUAGUGGAGUAAAUAUUUUAUACUGUUUGUGAGCAAUCAGAGUAUAAUGUUUAUGGUGAUGAAAUUAAAGGCUUCUUAUAUGUUUCA